AUGUCAGACAUUAAAAUCCUCGACGGUGGCCUCGGGACCACAGUAGAGGACCGUUUCGGCGUCGUCUUCACCCACGACAAGCCCCUAUGGUCCUCCGACCUUCUCGUCUCGGACCAAGAGACCCUGCAGGCCUGUCAGCGCGAAUUUGCCGCCGCCGGCGCCGACGUCCUCCUGACGGCGACGUACCAGGUCUCGGUCGAGGCCUUUGCGCGGACAAAGACCCCCGAGCACCCUGACGGCAUCGCCCCGUCCUCCGCCAUGCUGCCGUACCUACGGCGCGCCGUUGACAUCGCGGAAAAAGCGGCAGCGGCAGCAGCAGAUGGGACGUCAGCGUCACCAAAACCAGCCGAGCUUGCCCUCGCCUGCGGCCCCUACGGCGCAGCCAUGACCCCCGGCCAGGAGUACACGGGCGCUUACGACGCAGAGCACUCCACGUCCGACGCCCUUUCCCGCUGGCACUCUGACCGCCUGGCGCUGUAUGCCGCGGCGGGCGGCGACGUGCCGGGCCGCUGCGCGUACGUGGCAUUCGAGACGGUGCCGAACCUGGCCGAGGUCUGGGCUGUACGGGAGGCCAUCACACGGCUGCGGCAGGACGCUUUUUCGACGACUUCUUCUCGGUUCCCCUCGCAGUUUUGGAUCAGCUGCGUCUUCCCCCAUGAGGACGAGAGGUUGGCGGACGGGAGCAGCGUCGAGCAGGUCGUCGAGGCGAUGCUGGCGGGCCGCGGGGUUGAGGAGGGCAGUGAAAAGAAGGCUUUGGCAAUGCCGUGGGGAAUCGGGAUCAACUGUACCAAGAUCUACAAGCUUGAGGGCCUGAUUAAGAGCUUUGAGCAUUCCAUCUCGGGUCUCAAAGCUAAAGGAGUGAUCACCGAGGUUCCGGCCUUGGUGUUGUAUCCUGACGGGACAAACGGGGAGGUCUACAACACAACCACCAAGAAAUGGGAGGCUCCUCAGGGUGUGCAAGGUGCUGCACCAAGGACUCCAUGGGACGUACAGCUCACACAGAUCGUCAACAAUACAAAAGGCCGAGGCGUUUUCACGUCAUUCUUGGUGGGUGGCUGCUGCAAAGCAAACCCCCAGAACAUCGAAGAUUUGCGAGAUCGUCUGAAAGUAUAA